UUCUUCUCUGAACGUGGUGCGGCUGAGCUGUGCAGAGCGGAACAGACCAGAGCGCAGUGGAGAGAAAGGGAGCGCAGCGGAGAGAGAGAGAGAGAGCGAGAGCGAGAGCGAGAGAGAGGGGAACCCAGCGGCACUCAGAAUGCCAGGAAUCUAAUCUGUCCCACUACGGCCACCUCGCUCACUCGCUAGCACUAGUGACACACGGAGAGAGAGAUUGGAGGACAGCAAGAAAAAGAGAGAGUGGAGUGGACAGAGCUGGGAGGUGAGCCCCUCUAACAGCACAGCACAGCAGAAGAGAGGGAGAGAAAUAGAGGAGAAGAUUAAAGAACAGCAGCAGGGACAGGAGGAGAACAGAAGGAAGAAGGAGAAGGACAAGAAGACAAGAAGUUUCUCCCAAAGUCUUUUCUGUAACUGUCCGGACUCUUAACAAGACUUCUGCUGCUGCUUGCUGCAGAACGGGAGGAGAGAGAGAGAGACAGAGAGAGAGGUAAACAGCUGAGAGGCUCCUCUCCUACAGCCUCUCUCUCCGUCCCUCCAGCUGAUCUUCAGGUGACAACUGGACCAACCGGCGCCACACUUCCCUUCACCACCCUUUCCUCCUUUUCCUCCUCUCUUCUCCCUCUCCUCUCCACCUCCUCUCCACCUCCGCAACAUCCGUGGUGCACCAGGUGUGGGAGUUAUCCACCCGGCGUGGCAGCUCCGGCUCCGGCUCCAGCCAUGGGGCAGCGUGGAGGCUGGCUGGGACCCGGGGGAGGAGGAGGAGGAGGAGGAGGAGGCUGCCUCCGGACCUCGAGUAGCCUGUGGCGGUGGUACUGGAGCGGGCUGCACGUGUGGCUGGUGGUGCUGACAAUGUUGAGUCUCCUCCCGGGGCCGUGCGUGGUGGAAGCGGCCGUGCCCCUGGAGGACUUCUACCCGUACGGAGACGAGCAGGGGGACGCCAAGACGGUCGCCCAGGACGACGGGGGGUCGGGGCUGCAGGAGAUCUCUGUGGCGUUCCCUUUUUUUGGAGACCGGCACACUGGACUAUAUGUGAACAAUAACGGGCUGGUGUCGUUCCUGCGUGAGGUGUCCCAGUUCACCCCAGUGGCGUUCCCCAUUGCGGGCGACCGGCGUGUGGUGGCGCCGUUCUGGGCGGACGUGGAUAACCGGCGGGCGGGCACUGUCUUCUACCGCGAGAGCCAGGAGCCUGCCGUGCUGCGACGCGCCACCGCCGACAUCCGGGGGUACUUCCCAGAAUUCCCGGAGUUCGAGAGCACUUGGACCCUCGUCGCCACCUGGCACCAGGUCACCUUCUUUGGAGGGAGCGCGGUGACACCGGUGAACACAUUCCAGGUGGUCCUGAUCACGGACGGAGAGCUCUCCUUCACCAUCUUCCAGUACCACAACGUCACCUGGACCACCGGCAUGCAUGCCACCAGCGGCGGGGAUGCACACGGGCUGGGGGGCAUUGCCGCACAGGCAGGUUUUAAUGCCGGCGACGGGAAGCGCUACUUCAACAUUCCGGGCUCACGCACGGACGAUGUGGUGGGGGUUGAGGAAACCACCAAUGUAGGGAUGCCUGGGAGAUGGGUCUUCCGCAUCGACGACGCUCACGUGCAGGUGGGCAGCUGCAAUGACUCAGCAUCAGUGUGUCCUCACCUGCGUCCGUGUGUGAAUGGGGGUCGCUGUAUAGACGACUGCAUUAAGGGGAACCCCUCCUUCACCUGCUCCUGCCUGGCCGGUUUCACUGGGAGACACUGUCAGAUAGAGGUGGAUGAGUGUGCCUCCUCUCCAUGUCAGAAUGGAGCCACAUGCACUGACCGAGUCAAUGGGUUCACCUGCCAGUGCCCAUCUGGAUACACCGGGAACAUAUGCGACAUAGAUAUUGACGAGUGUGAGAGCGGUCCGUGUGUGAAUGGGGCGGAGUGUGUGCAGGGAGUGAACAGCUUCACCUGUGUCUGCCCUCCCGGAUACACAGGUACACUCUGCCAAACAGAUGUAGAUGAGUGUGCGUCUAUGCCGUGUCUGAACGGAGCCGAGUGCCUCGACCUCUUCAACAACUACACCUGCGCCUGCAGCCCUGAAUACACUGGCACACACUGUGAAACAGAGCUGGUGGUUCCAACCAACGCCACAGUGGAGGACUUCAACCAGACAGAGGUGUGCCAGUGCCAGAACGGAGGUGUGUGUGUGGACAUGAACGGCACCUGUCAAUGUCCCACUGGCUACACGGGUGUCCUGUGUGAGUUUGAGGUGACUAAGACCCCGUGCAACAACAACAGUCCCUGUCCCCACGGUGGGCCGUGUUUGGAGUAUGGGGGCACCUACCUCUGCACCUGCCAGACGGGGGCGGCCGACCUGGACCACAAGGACUUCUACCACUAUGUACAGCCCCAAUCGGCCUGCGACUCUGCGCCGUGUCAAAAUGGCGGCUACUGUGACGAGCAGGACGGGGAGUACACCUGCGAGUGCAAACACGGCUACAGCGGCAAGCACUGCGAGAAGGUAAGGCAGAGUGUUUGCGCGUCGUCCCCCUGCCGCAACGGGGGCUCGUGUAAGGAGGAGGGCGGGAGCUACCGCUGUGUGUGUCCCUACAGAUUCACCGGAAAACACUGCGAAGUGGGUAAGCCGGACCCGUGUUCCUCCGGCCCGUGUUUGAAUGGUGGCACAUGUUUCCACUACAUCGGCAAGUACAAGUGUGAAUGCACCAGCGCGUACAGUGGACGGCACUGCGAAAUCAGCAGAAGCUCUGGAGUUGCUCACACACCUGAUGGGGUGGACUGCGGGCCCCCUCCUCAGGUGAAGCAUGCGAGUGUGAAGUACUCGUCUACAGCGGCGGGGGCGGUGGCGGUGUACGUGUGUGUGUCGGGAUACACCCUCCUGCCUCACAACACACACACUGUCUGUGGCACCCACGGGGCCUGGAGCCAGAAACCUACCUGUGAAGAGGUAAACGAGUGUGUGUCGGCUCCGUGCCUGAACGGUGGGACGUGUCUGGACAGGGUGUCCUCCUUCCUCUGCCAGUGCCAGACGGGCUUCACUGGCGCUCGGUGCCAAACCGAUAUGGAUGAGUGUCUAUCUGAGCCCUGUAAGCAUGGAGGCACCUGUGAGGACCGGCCGGGCUCGUACCUCUGCCACUGCCCCCAGGGGUACACUGGACAGCACUGCGAGAUAGAGCAGGAAGGGUGUUUGCCUAACCCUUGCCUGAAUGGUGGAGUGUGUCGUGUGUAUCGUCGGAUGCAGAGGUGUGUGUGUAAGGACGGCUUCUUUGGAGAGCGAUGCCAGUCAUUGGAGAACCCAUGUGUACUGCAGCCGUGUGGCAAUAGGGGCUUCUGCAGGAGCGACCGCAGAGGAAACUACAGCUGCACCUGCAAAGUGGGACACACCGGAAGAGACUGCCAGAGAGACCUGCUGCCUCCAUCUGGUCUGCGUGUGUUGCGGGUGGAGGAGGAUGAGGUGGCGCUGCGCUGGGAUCAGCUGGACGAUGACAGUGAUGAUCUCGAUGAUGACGAGGAUGAUGGGCGGCUGAGUGGCUUUGCAGUGACCUACGCCCCUUUAGGGCGGGGCCCCAAGAGAAGCGACUUCUUGGAACGGCAAUACUCCUCAUACCUGUUGCAGGGCCUGGAGCCAGGGCUUCUGUAUAACAUCUCUACCUACUCUGUACGACGAGGGUUCAACUCCAACGACCACAGCCAACCUGCCUACGCUCUCAUACGCACACGGCCACGUAAGGUAGAGCAGCUGGAGGUGACUAAUGUGUCAUCGUCUCAGGUGUGGCUGCGAUGGCUUUUACGCGCAGCUCACCACGCCUCCGUCAGUCAAGUGCGGCUCUCACUUUCGCCAGCAGAUGGCAGUGCAGCGCGAACAGCCACACUCAACGCCAGUGUUACAGACUAUGUAUUCAGUUCUCUGCUCCCGGGUCAGAUGUACACAGUGGAUGUUGUCACCCAAAGCGGCCUGCGACCAGAAGACAUGCCUUCCACUAGCCACUCAGCCGGACCACUCACCGUCUGGACACGGCCCCUCCCGCCCCAGAACCUCUCCCUGGGUCACGUGACCUCCACCACGGCGCACGUGACGUGGGAGCGCCACCCGCGUAGCGUCCCAGACGGCUUCGUGGUCAACAUUACGCGGGGCCUGAACACGCGGAGCCGCUACCUGCCGGACGGGCGGCUGGGCAGCUACACGCUGAGGGAACUGAGCCCCGGUCAACACUACCAACUGCUGCUCACCGCCGUGCGCAACACGGGCCAGGAGCAGGUGCACAGUGUACCGCAGCACCUCGCAUUCACUACACUGCCUAUGGACGAGCGGUGGUUGAGAUCGAGAGAGCGUCUGUCUGAGUCCUCCAGGGGGCGCCCUAAUGGCCGACACAAACAGGAAGUGGCCGUGGCCGAGGACAGAGAACAUUCAGAGGAGCAGCCCAGGUUUACAGAGUUGAUUGACGGCAGGGGGCGGAUCACGGCCAAGUUCACCAACCUGCCGAGGAACACUAUUCGACACCGCCCCCGGCCAGAGCCUCCUGUAAAGCUGGAGAGGAUGGAGGAGACCACCAAUAAGAUCAGCCUGGCCUUGGAGACAACAGAGGAGGCCGGCACUGCACAGAGGAAGACGGAUGCUCCAAGGGACUGUCGGUCGUCUGGCUUGGCAUGCCAAAAUGGAGGCACAUGCAGCAGGGGGGAGGACGGCUACAUCUGCGACUGCGCAGCUGGCUUCAAGGGACGACAGUGCGAGUUGUUGUGCCAGAGAGUACCACACCCUUGCACCCGUCUCUACUCGGAGACAAAAAGUGUACCCGUCUGGGAGGAUGGAGUCUGCCAUUACCUGUACAAGAGAACAUAUAAAGUACAGCAAGAUGUGUGUUACAGAGAGAUUUGUGAACCCCAUCUGCCAAAGAAAACAAACAGAAGAAUUCAGAGGCAACAGUAGUGAGAGAUAUUUCCUGGUCAGACCCAGACGUUUCUGGAUUCUCCAUCCAUACCAGCAUUGGACUCCUACCUUUCAUCCCUACCACCCAUGGGCUCUGUUCAUCCAUCCCUAGACCCUGCCUAUGGACCCUGUUCCUCCAUCCCUAGCCCCUACCUAUGGAGCCUUCUCCCUAGGCCGUAUCCAAGGGCCGUAAUCUCCUUCCUUCGUGAUGUAGUCUCCUGCCCAUCUCAAGCCUUUACCUAUGGACCUUUCUCUCCUACCCUUAGCCUCUACUGUACUCUGUUGGCCAUAUUCAUGGACCCCUCGCUGGACCCUCCCUAGCCACUACCCAUGUAGCCUCCUGCCCAUCUCAAGCCCCUACCUAUGGAUCUCAUUCCUCCAUCCUCAGCACCUACCCAUGGAACCUUCUCUUCUUUCUGUAGGCCCUUCUACCCCCAUGGCCAUAUCCAUAGACCCUUCUCCCUAUGUCCCUAGGCCAGCCCUCCUCCCCAUCUCAAGUCCCUACAUAUGGAUCCUAUUCCUCGAUCCUCAGCCCCUGCCCAUGUCACCUUCUCUCCUCUCUGUAGACCCUUCUUCCUACCCCCUUGGCCAUGCCCAUGGACCUUUCUCCCAUCUCCUUGGACCGCUCCUUUCCUAGGCCAAAUCCCUGGACCCUUCUCUCUCCGUGGAUCCUUCUCCACUCUACGCUAUAAACAUGCUUCAAAGUAGUCUCCUCUCUGCGCUCUGACAUGCUUUUGAAGAGUUGCCAUGAGCCAUUAGGAUGCCUGAACAAUUUGGGGACAAUGGCAUUCAAUGAUGGCGAUAAAACCUACACACAGACACACACACACACACACACACACACACACACACACACACACACACACACACACACACACACACACACACACACACACACACGGAAAGGAAUCCACACAUGCAGUGUAUAAAUAAAACUUUGGCAGCGUGCGUGCGUCUGAACACUUCACAGCUUGACUGGAUCAGAAGGGAAGCAUACCUCAGAUGGCAGAGCUGACACAUUUGCUAAGGUACUGUUGUAUGAAGUUGCUGUCAAGGCUGCCAUUGGUUGGUCUUGUAGCUGGUCAUCCAUUGGUUGGUCUUGUAGCUGGUCACCCAUUGGUUAAUCUUGUAGCAGGCCUCCCAAUGGCCGGUCUUGUAGCAGCUCAUCCAUUGGUUGGUUUUGUGGCUGGGUAGCCCCUCAGGGAUAUAUCGGCAUGAAUGCCUGACCCUUUUACAAACAACAUGCUAAUGAAACAAUGGUGCAUCUCAUACUUAGCAUCGGACUAUGUAGAUUGGCUCUUCUUCUCGCCUUUUUCAAUGAGCGAGGUCACAUGAAACAAUGCUAAUAAUGAAGACUGGAAAUUGAUGUCCAUCAACCGUUCUCUGUAAACAAAUCCUCUCUGCUAACUACCGUGUACAUAGUGUUUAUAGGCUGUUUUGUAGGUGAAUAUUUUAAUAAUAAAAAUGUUAAAAUUUUACGGAGACCAGUAAUUCAUUCAUUUUCUGUGAACCCUUCAGAUGCAAUCUGCUUUUUUAAAUUAAAUGUUGUUUUAUAUUGUUGUUGGUCAUUAUUAGUUUUUUUUCCACCGACUAUUACUUUGUUUUUGUCAACACCAUCAGACACAAUUAACAGUAUAAAUAUAUAAAUGGGAGUUGGAGUUUGGAGUUUUGGAGAGGAGAUACAUAUUGUGAGCAUAUUCAGUUAAAAUGUGACUGACAUGUAAAAAUCCCUCUGAUGGUGGUGGCUUUAAAACUGAUGGUGGUGACACCAACUUGACGGUGGUGGCAGCUUGUUCCACAUGUGACUGAAUUGUGCUGGGUAAUGAAACAUUGUAAGGCGUAUGAGUCCUCAUUGUGAUCUAAAGUUAUACUUUCUAUUUUAAACAAAAGUUACGGUGUUGACAUGUGCCAGUAGCAGUGUCCAAAACCAACUAACAAAUUUAAGAGAAAAUAGUAAACUUUUUGUCGUAAAACAUGUGUUUUGCCAUACUUUCAAGAAUCAGUGAAAUUAAUACUGUAAUGAAUGCUGUAAUUGAUGAGCUCACCCAAGAUGC